AUGAAUUUACUUAUACUGGUACUUUUGUUAAUACCUUUGGCGUUGGGAUUGGACUUAUCAACCUACGAGACUCCAAGAAUCAACAAAGAUUUUAGUUCGAUUUGUGUUCCUGUGAAGUAUUCUGGGGGCAAUGCGUUUGUAAAGCUUGAGCUUGAACAUUAUAGGUUAGCCAAGGGGGAUGAAGAUAAUGUAAAGAUUCCUACUAUGAUUAUUCAUUUGACUGAUUUGUUGGAUACAAAGAAAAUACCUUUGAUGUCUGAAUAUAACAAAUUGAGUUCAGAAAAGAAGUUUGAAUUGACCAAUGGUGAAAAGUUCAAUAUUCAAGAUCGGGAUCAUUUUUACAAUGGUUUCUUGUCAUUGAAUGGUGAUAAAACUGGAUUGAAGUUUGAUGUGGAUGAAUCUGGCUACUACUGUGUUUAUAUAGCUCCACCGGACUCAGUUAAAGAAGUCAAUUACUCAGUUGUUUCUAAAAAUUCUUAUGGUUACAUGAUGUUUAGUUCAUAUUUGCAGUAUAAAUUCGGAUGGUUGACAGGAAUUAUCCUUAUAGCAACUAACUGGUAUUUAUUCCAACAUUUGAUGAAAACUACUGGAAGUGAAUAUCAGAAUUUAAAUGGGCUUUCUGUGAUAUCCAAGUUUUUGGUAUUUUAUAUCAUAUCCCCAUAUACUUUGAUUUUACUCGGAGAGAACGUGUUAGGAUUGGUAAUGAACAAUGUUGCCAAGAAGGGGUUCUUUUUGUCUUUCCUUGCAUUCGGUUAUCAAGUUGUAGAAAUUGCCUUCCAAAUUUAUGUUCAAUAUCUGUUACUCAUGUUUUGCAUGGGUUAUGGAGUAAUAUACUAUCACAGACAGACAAAGUUUUUUAGACAAAUGCCAGCAUCUAGAUCCAAAUUCGCCACUGCCUUAUUAUUUAUUGGUGUGGUAUUGUUUUUCCUCAUAAUAGUGACUUCCUUGUUCUCAGGCAAAACUCCUUCCGUUCUUUACGGUUCAGUUUCCGAAGACCAAACGGGAACUCCCAAUGUAUUUGAUAUGGCUUUGAAUGCAGCCGCUGGUUUGGUAUUCUUCGUAUCCUAUGUUUCAUCGGUGAUUUUAGGUAUAAAGACAAUAAAGGUCAUAAAAGAGUACCCUCCUUAUGAUGCCAAUGUUGAAGACUAUAUUGAAAAAAACGACCAACUUCGUAAAUCAUUUAGAAGAUCUUUAUUGGUAAUUUUCGUAUUGCCAAUUUAUGCAAGUGUUGUGUCAACAGCGUUUAUGAUAUUCACUGCAGGAAAAUCGUAUCUGGAAGACUUGAAAGAUGUCAACCCAGCAUUGAUUGGAUACUACAUGAGUGACUUCAUGAUCGAGAAUACUUCCUUCCUCUAUUACCUGGUCAUUAACAAUUUCGUUCUCGGUCUUGUUAUUUUGGUGAGUUUAUAUUUCAUUUGGAUUAAAGGAAAUCACGGUGUGGCAGUAUCUAAAGAGGAGGAAACUGGCGACUACACCGACUUCCGUGAACCUGACCAAAUAAUUGUAUAG